UUCGGCCUGAAAACUACUAAAAUACUGUUUUAGUGGUAAACAAAAAUGUAUAAAAUUUUAAGUAAUUUAUAUUUAUAAAUCUUUCUAAUUAGGGAUACUGCGAAUAGCAAUGGGUACAUGAUGGCACUAGCUUCGCAAACAUUAGCAAGACUCUUAGGCUUUCACGCCAAACGCGUAGCGUUCAAUAAUAACUUGCUACGUAAAAAACAAUGUUUUGAACCCAUGAAAUGUUGUAUGUUUACGCCAACCCACAGCAGUUUCAUUCGCAGUUUUUCUCAACAGAAAGCAUUUAAUACAGACAGAUUUAAGCAACUUGAACCACAACGAACCAAAUUCGACGUAAAAUUAUUGAGUCAAUUUGAUUUUUUCAAUACACUCAAUCAGAGAACAUUCUUUUUUCGUAAAAGAGAUAAGCCUGACAAGAAGCGUGUCCCCAAGCUGAUAUUAAUUCAAAAUCCCUUCACGUGGUUAAUGAUCAAAAUUGAUUUUGGUGUAUUGAGAACUGUUUGGGACCCACAUUUUGUAGAGAAAGAGUUCAAAUUUGGGACGAAACAGGCAAUAUCUAAAGUGACUCAAGUGAUAAGUAAAGGUGAAUUUGCUCAACUCAAUGGGUUGUUGACAAAGGCUGCACGGCAGAGUUUGAUACGCGAGUUAGAUCGCAACUGGGGUGAAAAACAACGCUCUUUAUUGGCUUUACAAAGUGACGACAUCCAGAUAUGUUCACCGAGGAAAGUUUACUUCAUAAGGAUAGCUGAUAAGAAAUUUUGUGAUGUUGAUAUGGCAUUCUUAGCCUUGAAAUGGGCGCCAAUAAACAGUUUAGACUCCUUAAUAUUUACGGAAAUAUUCGCAAGGUUUCAUCGUGAGUAUACGCCGCACAGCAUUCCAGAGUGGACGAUCGCCUAUUUCAAAGUCACUAGGUUUGAAGUGUUACGAAGAAAGUAAACGUCGCUACGUUUAUACGUCCAUUCUUCACUUUACAUUUAAAACUUUAUCGGGAAAUAGAAUUUAACCAAUAACCUAUCUGAAUCUAGCUAUAGGCAUUUCCAUGACUGGCUCGUAUUCAUGUCUAAAAGUAUUUUUUUGCACCAAUUCAACGGCGUUUUAUAUUCCCGGACACAUUAUUCGAGCCACCUCGCAUUUUUGUUGUAAAGGGCUAGAAUACAAAAAUAGUGUUCUUAUCGAAGGAAAAGUUUUCCACCGGUUUUGCAAAUCCAAAUUCCCAACAAGGACUUAUGGAGAAGACGUUUAGUAUACUAGUUUCAAAAUUGUAUAAUAGUUUUUGAUCAAUCAAACAUUGUUUAAGCUUAGGGCAUUUAAUACUGAAAAUGCGUGGUGGCUCGAAUUAUGUGUCCGGAAGUGUAGUAAUAUGUCAAAAUUAUGUAGGAACCUAUUGGAGACACUGCUUUAUUUCUUGUUUUAACGGGUCUUAAGGCCAUGUAAUAUUCCGGAGAAUUUCUUACUUUAAGUUAAAUUACGUGAUGAAGACGAACUAGUAUUAAAAAUGAGUUGGAUCGAAUAAAUGGUCUAACAGAACGGCGUACCCCCUAAAUCAACAACGAGGAACGUAAAUACGUAGAAAC